UGACAGGAAGAGCGGAGCAUGGCAGGUCGAAUCGAUCUUGACAAGCCAAGAUACGACCAGUCGACUUACUGGGGAAGAGCACAGCAUUACUUCGAAGUCACCGACCCCAGAACGAUUCUGGCGUCCAAUGCUGAGCUUGACGCUGCAAAGAACCUCCUCGACCUCUACAGGGAGAAGAAGGAGCCUGCCGGGACCACUGAGGAGCAAGUUUGGCAUGCGAAGAAGCUCUACGACUCAGCGUUUCACCCGCAGACAGGCGAGAAGAACUUCUUUGCCGGCAGGAUGUCGUGCCAGGUCCCUGGCAACAUGCUUAUCACCGGCGCCAUGAUGGUGUGGUACCGUUCCAACCCAGCUCAGAUCCUGCUGCAGUGGGCGAACCAGUCGUUCAACGCCAUCGUCAACUACACCAACCGCAACGCCUCCUCCAACAUCACCAACGAAAUGCUGGCGCAGGCUUACUUCCUCGCCACUGGGUCUUCCUGCGUCGUGGCGGUGGGGUUGAACAAGAUGAUCGCCAGGAGCCCGACGUUGAGCAAGGGGAUUAUUGGACGAUUUGUCCCGCUCAUCGCUGUGGCCAGUGCCAACUGCGUCAACAUCCCUCUGAUGAGACAAGUUGAGCUGAAGGAAGGGAUCAUGGUGGCAGACAAGGAUGGCAACGAGCUGGGCAAGAGCAAGAAUGCUGCUGUGGCUGCCGUCAGCCAGGUGAUCCCCUCCAGGGUCCUAAUGGCGGUUCCUUCCAUGGGUCUGACCCCCGUCGUCAUGGCGUUCCUCGAGAAGCGAGGGCUCCUUACUCGCUUCCCCUUCCUUACUGCCCCUGUUACCAUCCUAGUCACCGGGUUUGCACUCACCUUCUCAACUCCGCUGUGCUGUGCCAUCUUUCCUCAACAAGCUGAAAUCAAGUUGGAAGCUCUAGAGCCUGAGCUGCAGGCCAAGGUGAAGGAGCUCAUGCCGUCCGUCAAGUCGUUCUACUACAACAAAGGGCUGUGAGAUACCUGCUCUUCUUGUUAUUCUUGUCUUCUGCCGCAUCCCCAUCUGGAAUACAGAUACAUUGCAGUCCUCUGCCUCCCCGUCCUCACUUGCACCUGCACCAGCUGUCUCGCAUCUUGAUGUUUCAUCGGGUUUCAUACAACUUAAGACAUAUGCACAUUUAUGAUUACGGGAGUUGGGCGUCGAUCAUAUGAGAGGAGUAGUCAGAGAGAGGAUGUGAGGAGAGGAGGGGAGAGCAGGAGCAGGAGCAGGAGCAGGAGACGAUGAGCAUGGCGCUUGACUCAGCAGUUGAUGCUGAGAACUCCUCCUUCCCCUUCAAGCACCCCGUCGAGGAUCAGAUCCUCCCUUCUGUCGCUCUCGCGGUAGGCAAGACAUCCGGGCGCGAGCUUGAGGGCAGGCGGCAUGGAGGAGCUAGACUGAGGGAGGAAGGGGGAAGGGAAGUGAGCGUUGGAAGCAUCAAAGGAGGAGCCUGUGUCGCCCAUCUCGGCAUCGCUUCUUCCUUGUAGGAUCAUGAAGGGUUCCGACGAAGUCUUGCAGAACAGUUUGCUGAUCUCAAACUCCGACAAGUCGAAGAUGUAGGAGGGGCAGAGGCGGACGGCGUUGGCCUCGUUCUUCAUGCUUUCCUUCCUGACAUAGUACCAACCUUCAAACUUGGCCUUGUCUAUCACUUCCAAGACGUCGCCCUCCCUAAAGACCUCUGAGUCCAUGGGCGAGGUGAACGCGGACUUGACGACAACUUUCUGGAAAGCUUCCGAGGCCACGUUGUCCGUAUCGAUGGAUGUGUCAGGGUCUUCUGUCUGCGCGAAGAUCUUGAGGGGAAAUCUGAGCUCGACCCGCCUCUUGCUCGACCCAUCCCAGAGCUGGAGGAGGCAGGAGCUGGAAGCCAAUCUUUUCAAGCCCUGGAUCAGACUGUCUAUUCCUUCAGCUACCAUUUCUCUUUCAUUCAGAGAGUGCAGCACAAAAGUCUUGCC